CCCAGUAUGCUCUGACACGUAGACUCCAACCCCGCUUGUGGCUAGGGGUGUCAAUUUGGGUUCGGUUUUCAGGUUUACCCGAAACCGACCCGAUUAUAUACAUUUUUCGGUUUUUCGGGUUCGAGUUUGGGUUCGUUUCGGGUUUCGGGUUUUUUCGGUUUUGGGUUCGGUUUUGCUUAUCGGUUUUUUGGGUUCCGGCUAAAAACCUUCAAUGAAUAGAACGCAGCCCAUAUUUUUAGGCGUUCGGGUUUUUGGGUUUCGGUUUUAGUGAUUUUCGGUUUCGGGUUUUUGGGUUUUUUCGGGUUUCGGUUUGGGUAACCGAACCCGACCCGAAAUAACACCCCCUACUUGUGGCAACUCGCAACUCGCGUUCAACAGUCCUCCGAUAAGCAACAUUUAGCCUAACGUCCUACCAUAGCAAAGAGAAGAACAAUACUUUGGGAGUCAUGUCCUUCACCUUAUCUGUCACAAAAAUCAUGCAACAAACGAUAAACAUAUCCAAGGUAGUUGAGGCGCGAGUGUUGAAAAUAUGAGAAUCAGUGCAAUGCUCAUGCCUUCCUAGUCGAAGCAAGGUUAGCUCAAGUUUUAAGAAGGUUGGUUUGAGAUCCCAAAUAAGUUGUUGAAAUGAGUUGUCAAAUAUAGUUGAUUAUUGCAUACUAAAGUAAGCACUUGUGUUUUAUGGUUGUUGUCAUACUAACAUUGGUAGAGUUGUAUCUCGUAGGGCGGUUAUGUAUUCAACAAUUUGGUAUUCCAACAUUUAAACGCUAUUGCAACAUGAUGUGGUUAGUAAUACAAGAUUGAUUUAGGAUGUAAGGAUAUAAAUGUAUUUAUAUACACGUUUAAGAAUUCUCAUUUUAUGCUUGUUACACUAUAUUGAUUUAGAAAAUGCCACACAUUUGUCAAUUAAGGCUGGCUACAUAAUUUGGUUUGUCUUUAGGGUACGAUUAAAAUCAGGGAUAAAAUGUUGGAAUUCCAUUAAUAUGUUUUAUAGGGUAUGUGAUUGUAUUUGGUGCAGAAGACCACCUGAGUGGCAGGUAGCAGGUCCCGAAGUUGGCAUAUGACACGAGUGGUUCUUGUAGAUGUGGCACUAUAGCAUUGGUAUUUUUAGAUAGAGUGGAUGCAAUAGAAAUUCUUCCAUGCUCUAGGAUCACCACGUCAUUUUACUGACAUGGUACUCCCACCUAAUCAAAACCAGCCACUUGGAAAUUGAGUAAUUAAUAAAAUGCAUAAAUGGAAUGGACUCGCAUUUAAUUAGUUUCUCAAUUAAUUGGUUAAUCUUUCCUUAUUGAUUCUUUCCGUAAAUGAAUUAUCCCCUUUGAUUUCACCUUUUUUCUUCAAUUAAAGAUUUAUCUCUUCUUCUGAAUAAUAAUAAAAGAACGAAAGCAAAAAAGAAAGAAUAUAAUAGAUAAUCAACCUACCAUAAAAGCAGGAGGAAAUCAAAACUAACUCCUACAUGUCUAGUUGUAAUUGGCUCGAAGCACCACGUCUGAUAUCCAACGUGGUAAGCCGGGACUACCGAAGAAUUUCUCGUGGAUGCUUUUGUGUAGAUGUGGCCCCGUAGGUUGUUUGUUGUUGUUUUUACCAUCAUUUGCACCAAUCUGAUGGUACAAACUGUUGUUCUUGUCAUCUUGGUUAGAUUGUAUCAAAUUAUUUUUGUUUAUUAGAAACUCUAUCAAAAUCUUGUGUAAAGCUAAAAAGUGGUUCUGUAACCUCUGUACCCAAGUUAUUCUUCCCACAUUCCAAUAGUAGAUAAUCUCUAUAUUUGCUCUGAAAUCGGUAGCCUGAUUGCAUAAUUUUAAAAUGAUUUUUUUAUUAAGAUUGAUUAUCAAUUUAAUUCAUGUAUGUUACCGAAGAUUUCCGAUAAAAAAAGAAGAUUUCCAUCAUUGAUUGAAGAAGACAAAAUUAGGGAUAGUUGUUUCCUUUUUUUUCUGACCAAGAUAGAAGGUUUUGAGGGUAAAAAAGGAUAAUUAUAGGGUAGACAAUCAGCAAAUAAAUGGGGAGAUCAAUUAAAUAAUAAAUAUUCAAUAUUACAUUACAUUUAAUUCUUUCAUUCCCAUAGCCUCGAAAAAGGAAGUUUGCCGAAUAUAGGUGGUGGCAUUGGCGAGUUUCUCUAAAAAGUGGGUGUUCAGAAUUUUGUAUUUUCUUUUGCAUUAAAAAUCUUUGUAAUUUUAAAAUAUGUACCCAAAUGUUUUGUUAAGAUAUAAAGUGGCUCUGACAAAUCCAUUAUUUUUUGUACUAUCUGGAUCCAAAAAUAUGUUGAACAGACAAAAAGAUUUUGGUACUAUCUGGAUCAAAAAUAUGUUCAACAGACAAAAAGCAAUCAGAUUUCCAAGUUUAAGUUAUUUUAUUGUAACAGUGAAUCAAAGUUUUACUUACCUUUCAACCAAAAUUUUUUUUUACUUGCCUUUAAAGAAAUUAUUUAUCUAUUAAUGGCUUACCAUUAAUUAAAAUGGAAAGUAGAAGACAAAAACGUGCAGCCCUAACAGUGAAUCAAAGUUUCACUUACCUUUCAACCAAAAAAACUUUUUACUUGCAUUGAAAGAAAUUAUUUAUCUAUUAAUGGCUUACCAUUAAUUAAAAUGGAAAGUAGAAGACAAAAACGUGCAGCCUUUGGGAUUUGAACCUGUAUCCAAGGAGUCAUAUUUCCACACUAUUUCCGCUACGCCAAAUGACAUUCACUGGCUUUAAUUUGGCGUCUUAGUAAUGAUUUAAUAUUUUUAGUUUAUACGUAAUAUCUCAAACCAUUAUCGUGACUUUUGAGAUUGGGGUCUAGGUUGUUGGAUCCUUGAAGAUUAUAAAUCUUGAUCCAUAAUAACACUAAGGGAUUUGGUGUCGUAGUAUAGUGUCGUGGUAUAGUGGUCGACGUAGGACGUAUCCCCAGGCAAAAUGGCCUCGCCUACUACUUGAGCAUAAUCAUAAUCUAAGUCAUAUCCCUCACCAUAAUUAUCACAAAAAUCGUGCAACAGACGAUAAACAUAUCCAAGGUAGUUUAGGCAAGAGGGUUGAUAAUAUGAAAAUCAAUGCAAUGGGCAUGUCUUCCUAGUCGAAGCAAGGUUAGCUCAAAUUUCAAGAAGGCUGGUUUGGGAUCCUAGUUAUGUAGUGUAAUGUGAAUUGGGGAUCAUUUGUCGACCAAAUAAGUUGUUGAAUAGAAUUGGAUUAUUGCGUACGAAAGUAAGCAUUGUGUUUUAUGGUUGUUGUCAUACUAACAUUGGUAGAGUUAUAUGUCGUAGGGAGUGUGGUAGCCAUACAUUAAAUUGACUGGGCUCCUUUUUAUUUUCAAAAUGCAAAAUUUUGUUUACCUAAUGAAGUUUGAGUUAAUUGGUGUCCUUAGAUGAGCUAACAUGAACGAAAGUAUGAGGUCCUAAAUUCAAAGGAUCAUAUUAAACCUUACAUAUCUGAACGAUUUUGUUGCCCUGUUUUUUCCCCAACUGAGUCCUAUGACCCCUCUCCUCAAGAGGUGGCUCAGCCACUGCCCGUAGGGUGGUUACGUAUUCAACAAUUGGAAAAUGCAACAUUUCAACGCUUAAUUCUAACACAACGUGGUUAGUAAUACAAGAUUGAUUUAGGACAUACAACGUUUUCAACAGAUCUUGGAAUUCUCGUUGUUUACAACGUGUUAAACUAUAGGAAAUUAAAUUGAUUAAAGAAACUCCCAUUGUUUACAUAGGGAACAACUAACCAUCCCCCAUUGGCCCAUUUUCCCUCCCUGGUUUUUGUUUACAAACGAGUUAUGUUAGUAGGAAAAAAAAGAAAACAAAACAAUCCCAUUCACAGCCCUUCUCUCCCACGCGCAUUGGUCUUGGUAGUCCAAACCCUAAAUUCCAUUUUCCCCUUCCGUUCUCCCCAAUCCAGCUGCUCCCUCCUUUCCACCAUCACCAAUAUGUGAGGGGCAAAAUAGACAAAAAUGUAGGGCUAAGAACUAAAUAAAUAAGGGUGGAUGAAACCCUAGCCGUCGCUCAUUACACAUUCCCCCUCCCAUUGUUCUCAAUCACUUAUGUUCUUUCGCGAAGAACCCAAAGGAAAAAAAAUCCUACCCGCUUGCCUCUUCAUUCCUUCCUCUAUUUGCCUCCAGGCUCUCGCUUCGUUGUGAGGGGUAGAUCGAUGCUGCUCUAUCUUAAUCUUCUUCUCUGGCGCGAAAUGGGUGACGAUUUGGAGAUUGAUUUCGGGGAGACAGCUGCAAGGAGGAAGGUUCGUAUUUUACUCAAAUAGAUUUUUGAUCUUAUUCUUGGUAGCCUAAUCCCCUCGUUUGUCUCCAGUAGCCUAAUCCCCUCGUUUGUUUUUUUUUUUUUUUUGGUUUCCGGAGUGCGUUGGGCUAGAGGUAUGGUAGUGUGAGAAUGACAACAUGUAAACUUGUAAGGACAGCGCAGAAGAUCAUCAAAUGGAGUUCGGUUUUUUCAUAACGUUCGUUCUGGAAACACACGUCAUAUGGUGAUUCUUCUGGGCCGUAUUGACAUUUGCAUGUUGUCGAUCUCGCAAAAACGAAGUUCGGUGGGUUGCUUCAAUUAGUGAAAGCCGAAGUUGGCAUCUGACACGAGUUCUUCAAGUUGAUCUUGCUUCGUAGCUUGUUGACACGGUUUGUAUUAAUUUGAUUCCAAAUCUCAGUUUUUCUCUCAUGCGUGUGAGCUAAUAACUGAGUUUGGAGACUAGUUACCUAAUCCAAUCCAUUUUAUUGAUAUUCUUUUAUUUUCUUAUGAGGUUGUGUUAGCGGCAGUUCGGCGGGCAGUCCCAACAUGUAGAUGUGUCUACAAAGGGCGGAGAAGAACAUCAGAUGUAGUUGGAGUGCUCAUAAUAAAUAUUGUAAAACCAUAUUCCAUCAGGUGGUUCUUUUCCGCCCACUUGACUCCUACAUUUUGGAAUAAACUCGCAAAGGCUGCAGGAGAUUUGAAAGAUUUGAGGUUGGUUUCGUUCUAUUGUUGUUUCGUCUGUUGUUACUUUGUUGGUCCGAAUCCCUCAACUCAGAAAAUUCAUUGCUUGCAGAGUUGUGAAGGCCACUGCUGGUGCUGGAUUCGGGAGAUAGUUUAUGUACCUCUGGUUCUAUCACAAUUUUUAUGGUAUCAUUUUAUUUCCUUCCAGUUUCUAAUGUUCAUUUGAGAACACAUGUUAUGCGAAAUAUUUGGUUGAGGCUUGCGCAUAUAAUGUGAUUGCUGUCAUACGCUUUCUUGAGGGGUACUAGAGUAGAUGAUAUAGUAAGUCUGGAAUGUAUUGCAGCUAUGUAGGAGUGCUUCAUUCAUAGGAAUGCCUCAUUACUAUUUAGCUUGAAUAUGUACCAUUGGAACUACGGUAUCCUUUAUUCCUGAACCCUUCAAGAAAGUGUAUGAUAGUAAUAUGUGGUGUGCGGAAGUAUUUCAACCUAGACCAUAUAAUUUAACAAAAUUUCGUUUUGUAUAUUUUGCUUUAUGAAUAUCAUUUGUUUGAUUUGGCAUUUUUCUUUCAUUAUAUGUGCACGUCGUUGCCAUGGGGAGUGUGAAUGGAAGGAUGGAAUCUGACAUGCGAGAAGAACAUUAUCCAGAUGAGUACCCAAAGUAGGAUUUGUAUGCUUUGUUGUGGUCCCAAGCUUCCAUCGGACUUUGUUUCCUGUAUUGUGAAUGAUGCUAUUUUUGGUGUGUCUAUGCAGCAGGAGUUAAACCCCUGAAGAAUUAUGUCAAGUGAGGCCAAAAGCGAAGACACUUGUUAGGAGGAAUCGCUAUUCUCUAUGGGGUCAGACUAGUGAAGGAGAAAGAAAUUGGCCCGAUUGUGGUAGAGUCAGACUGUAAAAUGGUGAUCGAGAUACUGAAACAGGGGAAAAUAUGCAGAAUUGAACUGGCGGUCAUUUGUUCGGAUAAGUUGAAAGAGGAUUUGUAUGCUUUGUUGUGGUCCCAAGCUUGUGUGUUUGCUCAUCUAGUUUCAGUUUCUGAGGAAACUCAUUUUGAUUGUAAUGUUCUACCACAAAGGGUAGCUGACGUUGUAGCCUUUGAGGCAGUUGAUUCUUGUUUUUAAUGAAAUCCUUAUCAGUGGUUUCUAAAAAGAAAAAAAAACUCAGUGGGCACAGUGGUUGCCUUUUAUGUACUAGGUUGUUCGGCUUAAAUAUAAGCCCAGCCGAUUCAUAAAAAAAAAUUAAAUUAUACUUUUGGAUAUUCGUAAACAAGGAAUUCCUUUUUUAGCAUUCAAUACAUUUACCUCCAAUAUUUGGAAUUUCCCUUUUGGAGAGGUCUGCCUACAAAAUUUAUCGCAACGAAAAUAUAAAAUAGGCAAAAUACACUUGUAUAGCCAUAACUUUCACGUUUUUGACAAAUAUAGCCAUAACUAUUCGAAAACACAAAAUAGCCAAUUCCGUCCAUCAUUUUGACGGUGUUACUUAACAAUCUGACUAGACGGAUGGAAAUGCUGACUUGGCGACAUUUCGUCAGUUAAAGUCCACAUGGAUUAAAGGAAAAAAAAAAGCCAAAAAAAAUCAAAAAAAUAAAAAAAUAAAAAAUGCUCAUUUAGGGUUCUUAGAGACCCCAAAUUCGGGGGCCAACUCUUCAUCUCCUUACCAGCCGCCGCGAAAUUGGAAACAAAUCGGAAGCCAGCGGUAAGCACGAAUAAGAAUAAACGAAUCAGAAUCCAGUCAAAAGCACGGCGAGAUGAGGGAGAAGGUCGAGCAACCUGCUUGUUUCUUCUCGGCGGAGAUACCGCUAUGCUGGAGGAUUUCGAGGUCGACGAGAGUGAGGGACAUGAGGCCGAGAGAUAUGUGGCUGUAGGGAGCGAGCGGAGAGAUGAGCGGUGAAGGUGAGUUGGUAGAAGGUCGGCAAAUGAAAAGGAGAGAGCUUGGAGAGGAUCGCAACAGCUGCGAUGGAGUCCCGAUUGACGAGGGAUCUCCACUCCCUUCUUUCUCCAGCCGUCUCCCAACCUGCAUCGACGCCGCUGGAGGAAGAAGAGGACUCACCGCCAAGCUGCACAGGUGCUACAUGGUCUCGCUCCAAAUGACCAAACAAGCUCCAAUUCAGCAGCAACAAGCUUCAAAGCCGCCAGCAGCUACUUAUGCCAGUACCAGGGUGAAAACAGAGGAAUUGGAGCAAGCCUAGGAAACAGAGUCGAAUUGGGUGGGAUUAAAUAUGUAAAAAGGAAAAGGUGAAUGAAGGCAGAUUGAGAGAUGGGAGCAAGUCCAUCAAUUAUUUCAUUUGGACUGGGAGGGUUUUGGAUUUGGCUGAUUAUCGAGUGACAAUUUGAUGGAAGGGUUGCAACAAGAAAAACGGAGGUAGAAAGGGGUUUUGAAUUUUGAUAGAGAAGAAGUGAAGAAAAGGAAAACGAAGGAGGUUUAAGGGGUUUCAAUAGAAGGGGAGUUCAUCGGAGAACAGAUGGGGAAGGCGAAGGAGAGGAGAGAGGGAGAGGAGACUGGAUAUUGAAAAGGGAAUUUUUUUUUAAAAUUAUUUAUUAAUUUAUUAAAUAAUUUAUUUUUAAAAUAAAAUAUGACAUGGCACUUAUGUGGCAAGUGUGAUUGAGUUGUCUCUGACGUGUGUGAUGAUUUGGCAUCUUAGUCAGCCUAAUGUUAACCUAACUAAUGGAGUUUCUAACACCGUUAAAGUUUCUAACGGAAAUGGCUAGAUUUGUCACAUGACCGUCUAAUUUCUUGGCUAUUUUGUGUUUUCGAAUAGUUAUGGCUAUAUUUGUCGAAAACGUGAAAGUUAUGGCUAUACAAGUGUAUUUUGCCUUUAAAAUAUUAAAAGUUCCCUCUUAGUUAUUAGGGGGGGUAUAUAUGAAAUUGAAUUGUACGUUUCCAAUUUUAAAAAGAAUACAAAAUAUUAGAAGCUCCCUCCAAUAUUUUUAUUUUCUAUAGGUGUUUUACUUUCCCUAAAAAAUUGGAGUGCCAUGCCGCCUGAAAUUAUCACUAACUAAAAUUAAAAUAGUAAAAGUUUGCCAAUAGUUUUUGGCAGUUUAUGAGGGAGUUGAGGUGUACUUUUCAUCCGUUGAAAACAAUAAAUUGUAUUUUUGGUAUUACAAAAUUUCUGUUGGACCGACCAAAAUUUCUUCUAAAUCAAGGACCAAAGUCGAAUCGUUAUAACUUUGAUUCGGUCUGGACCAUCCUAUUGGACCGACUAAUCUUUCAUUCGAAUAAAAUCACUCUUAAAGGACAACACAAGAAUUAAAAACAUGUAACUACACGAAAAGAAAAAAUAAAAUUAUCCCAACUUAAAUACUCCACAAUUCUUAAAAACCACAUGUUCCUUUAUAUUAUGCAAAAAGCUAAACGAGAACUACUGGUAAUUAGCAUAAAUGGUCACAAAUCUUUGCACUUAGUACAAAAUAGUCACAAACCUUAAUUUGUAACCAUUUGAUAACAAAACUUUUUUACUUAGAAAAAAACGGUCACAAAUUAAACAGUGUGACCAUUUCAUACCAGUUCAAACUUUUGUUACCGUGUCGUUGUAAAGUAGACUUUUGGUGACCGUUUUGUACAAAUUAAGUUCAAAAGUUUGAACGCUCAAUCACCGUUACAAUUCACUCUAGUUGUAUGGUGGUUUUGUUAAUGUAUGUGAAUGAUAUUAUGUUGUUUAGGAUGACAAUUAGAGAACUCAAUUGCUCACAAACGGGUUCCAGACUGCUUUUUAGUUGAAAAAACUAUGUCUACUUUCUUACUUUCUUGGUAUCAAAUUGAAAGGUCAACUGAGGGAAUUCUUAUUCGGCAAAGCAAAUAUGUCGACGAACACAUGACAUGGAAUCUUAUAUGUCUUUCAUGUAGUUAGUGUCAUAUACUUAACGCACAAACUACCCGACCUCAAAACAUGACCAACAUUUAAUUUGUAACGAUUCUGUAACAAACCUUUGCGCUUAAAACAAAACGAUCAUAAAUUAAAUAGCGGUGA